AUGCUAAGCUUCUUCCAUUUGGCGCACCGUUCAUACAAUAAUUCGCCAAGCCGCCCAACCUUCAAUAUGCGUUACGCAGCCAUAGUCAACGAGCUUGUUAGCUUGCUCGACAAACUGUUUCCCUACGCUACCGGAAUGGAGGCCCUUGAGCAAGCUAUUCAAACUACCCUUCAGUACGAAAUCCCCGAGAUGGAAAGCUACGGCCUUACAUCUGCCGCGGGAUUCUUGAAUUUUGCAACCUGGCUGGUUGAUGGAUGGAUACCCACUGAGUCAGCCAAAGGAAGAGACAUCUACUAUGUCCUGUGUAUCUUCUACUUUGUGUUGGAUCAGAUACCACUCAGAAAUUGCCAAACCGCGAUUCGACCCGAAAACGUGGGGAGAGACCUGUCGGAGCUCUCCCAAUGGAUUGUGAAAUUCGCCCAGGAAGUCGGAAACCACAUGAACAGGCCAGAGUCUCUGAAUGAAGCAUCGCUCACUACCUUCUGGAACGCUCCGAGCUUCCACCUAGCUGAGGCCGACGAAUCCAAAACCGAGGGAGGAAGAUGGAGAAACUUCAACGAUUUUUUCUCUCGCCACCUCAAGGAUGGUGCACGACCCAUUGAUGGCGAAGGGGACGACCGGAUCGCUGUCUUCCCCGCGGAUUCAACCUUUUCUGGCUACUGGGAUAUCACAGAUGAAUCAAUGGUCGAGCUGAAAGGCCUCCCUUGGCACAUUGGCGAUCUCCUAGGACCAUACAAAUCCGAGUACGGUGACAGCUUCAAGGGUGGAGUCUGGCUGCAUUCCUUCCUAAAUACGUUCGACUAUCAUCGCCAACACUCUCCAGUGGGAGGUACUAUCAAGGUAAUCGACGUUAUCCCGGGUGCGGCUUAUCUGGAUGUCGAGUAUCAGAGAGACACUCGUUCUCUUGUACCGAAACGCCCCAUGCGCCCCAUCUACGCUUCGGGUCCUAUUUUCAGGGGAGCUGAAGCGACCGAUAAAGAGGGAUACCAGUUCCUGCAAGCACGGGGUAUCAUCAUCAUCGAAAACGACAAGCUGGGCACGGUUGCUGUCCUACCUAUCGGGAUGGCACAGGUUUCCUCCGUUGUAGUCAGGGACGAUCUCAAGCCAGGGUCCAACAUCAACAAAGGCGAUGAAAUCUCGCACUUCGAGUUCGGAGGGUCGGAUAUUGUGGUGAUGUUCCAGGAGAACAAAAUUGACAUGAAGAGCCUGCCGCAGCCAUUGUCACGCGGAAAGGGCGAGUCCAAACAUACAAUGCCACCGCAAACUCGGGGGGCCCAGUGCAAUGAGCUAGUGGGGAAGGAGAAGCGGAAACCCAUCCGCCGUGACCCGGAGAAGAGACGGCAACAGAACAUUCGAGCCCAACGGAAAUACCGGGAAAAGCUUCGCGAGCGCAUGAGUCGCCUUGAAGCGCUUGCAGAAGCUAGUGUACAGACGUCUGCUAUCGAAAGAGUAUCAGCUGCGGGCACAGGCCCCUUUAACACAACUAAUCUUAUUACACAGAGCCUCCUGGCUCAGGAUGUUUCGGAUUUAACCCUGGUUAAUUCGUCUGUGGAGACGCCGGGGGAAUGCCAACAUCUUGUCCGACAGUCAGAUAACAGUCCUUCGGCGCCAACCAUAGAGGAUUCGGUUGCAAGAUACCUGCCACAUUCAGAUAGAACCUCAUCAACGAUGGAUACGUGGGACUCCACCUCAUACAUUGACCCUUCCCUUCUCACUCUUAAUAAGCCCAACGACAGCCUUGAGCUAUACUGGACGACCACUAUCGAUUGUGGCUGCUCCAGCCCACACUUCCACAUACGGACAGAAAACACAGACCCACUUCACUAUGGCGAGGUCAGAAUAUUCAGAUUUGGAUCAAGUGCGCCCGCAGCAGAUCCAUAUGCCAACAACCUUCGCAUUGAUAGAGUCUGUACGAUAACCGCGCUGUAUACUCUCGGGACGCAUCUUGGGAUUACCGAGGAUGUGCUCUGUGCUGAGGAAGCGCUCUCACCAUUCUUUCGGUCCAGCACGGGCUUAACAGAUGAUAUGGCCAAAGCAAACAUGAUAUCCACAGUUCAAGGAGCAUUCAAGGCCCUGAAGCCGGACAUGAGGCCAAACAUUGAACAAAUCACCGUCGAACAUCAUCCGUACAUAGACAUUCUGCCGUUCCCAACAUUACGAAGGAACCUUAUCACCCAUCCGGAAUACAUUGACGAGGAUGAAUUCUUCCACGAUGUGCUUACCGGAUUGGUGUGUUGGGGUGGUGCAGGCAUCGGGAGGAGGGAUCGGCAACUCUCCAUGGGAUAUGCUUCGACGGGUACGCCGUGGGAUGUCCGUAGUUGGGAGGCAAAGGUGUGGUUUUUGAAGAAGUAUUGGACUCUGCUCGGUGGCGAAGAAGGGGAGCUUGUACGGCAGAGUGAGUGGUGGCGCAGUAUCAGGGGAGACGAGACGAUAGACAUUGGAGUACAUGGCUAG